AUUAUGCGGGUGUACCAUUCAUGUUGAUUCCUGUGAUCCAGUGAUAGGGAUUUGCAACUGCAAGGUAAGUCUCCAUAUAUGCAAUGUGACCUACAUCACAAGUAAGUUAGAAGAAAAGGAAAUAUAGAUUAAGUAACCACAUUUUUGUUUACAGCCAGGUUAUGUUGGAACUGGUUGUGAAACAGCAUGUGACCCCCAGCAUUGGGGAGCAGACUGUGCUAAUCCUUGUCUGUGUGUGGAAACUAAUACUAUGCAGUGCAAUCCAGAAACAGGCGCAUGUCUUUGCAAAAAUGGAUUUUCUGGCUCUUUGUGUGAAACUGACUGUUCCAAUGGUCAAUGUGCAGGAACAGGAUGUAACUGCGUCAAUCAAGGAAUAUGUUUAUCAGAUGGAUCAUGUGACUGCCCUGUUGGAUAUAAUGGAUUGAAGUGUGAAAGUAUUUGCCCAAGUGGAAAAUAUGGAAAAGAUUGCACUUCAACAUGCCAGUGCUUGAAUGGUGGAUCAUGUGACCCUGUAAUUCAUCUGACGUUACAUUUACUUACCUUUGUUAGAAAAUGUUUUAACUUUCAUUUGCAGACUAACGGAGUGUGCACUUGUAUGCCUGGCUUCCAGGGCACUAACUGCCAAUUACUGUGCUCUACCGGUUUCUAUGGCAGCAACUGCAUCAAUGUGUGUCAGUGUGCUGAAGGAACAUGCAACCCUGUAGAUGGGAGUUGCUCAUGCAAUGCAGGGUUUACUGGAAGUAUCUGCAAUCAACCUUGCCCUGAUGGAAAAUAUGGUAAAAAUUGCAUAAGUGUUUGCAACUGUAAUGCACAACAUGGAGUGUGUGAUCCAGUUAAUGGAGCAUGCAUCUGUCUUCCUGGAUAUACAGGAACAUAUUGUACGAGCUCUUGUCCAGUGAACAAGUUUGGUGAGAGUUGUGCUUACACCUGUCCUGCUUGUGGAAGCAAUGCUGCAGGUGGAUGUGAUGCAGAAACAGGAGCUUGUCUGUGUCUUCCUGGCUAUGCACCACCAUAUUGUGAUCGUACUUGUUCAUCCGGUACAUAUGGACAAAAUUGCCAGUAUACAUGCACUGUAAAUUGCAAAAACGGAGGGUCAUGCAGCCCUAUUGAUGGAACAUGUGAAUGUUUGUCAGGUUAUAUUGGAUCAGACUGCUCUAAACCGUGUGAUGCAGGAUUCUAUGGUCCAGACUGUGCUGGUCAGUGCCAGUGCAUAUCUGGCCAGAGCAGUUCUUGCAAUGGAGUGACUGGAGUUUGUUCCUGUGCUGCUGGUUUCACAGGAGAACUGUGCGAAUCACAGUGCGUACCAGGAAAAUAUGGCGUUGAUUGUCAAUAUCAGUGCACUUGUGAUAUAAGCAAGUCUAUAUGUGACCCAUAUGAUGGAUCAUGUCUCUGUGAUGCUGGUUACACAGGAACAACCUGUACUCAAACUUGCCCAGCUGGUUCAUGGGGUUUAAAUUGUCAAAAUCAGUGCCUUUGCUCCCAGUUCUCUUCCGGAUGCGAUCCACACACAGGAUCAUGUACUUGUGUGGAAGGUUAUACUGGACAGUUAUGUGACCAAGCUUGUGAUUCUGGAAAGUAUGGUAAGAACUGUCAGUUCACAUGCUCCUGCUUGAAUGGUGCAGACUGUGACCCCAAAACUGGUGCUUGCAUUUGUGCUCCUGGGUACAUUGGUUCCACAUGUAAUCAACCUUGUGCAUCCGGACAUUUUGGUUACGGUUGCACUCAGUUAUGCGACUGUUCUGGGGCUGGUGUAUCGUGCGAUGUUGCAACCGGAAAUUGUUUAUGUCCUGCUGGGUGGACUGGUUCAAACUGUGACUUAGCUUGUGAAAGUGGAUACUGGGGUGUUGGAUGUGUGCAACAAUGUCCCACAUAUUGUCCUAUCUUUAGCAUGUGUGAUAUUGUGAAUGGAAUGUGCAUUUGUUCAUCAGGAUUGGGAGGAAAAUACUGCAAUCAAACAUGUAGUUCUGGUACGUGGGGACCAGAUUGUUUGAAGAGAUGUCCUUCCACCUGCCCAAGUCAAUGUGAUACUCAGGAUGGUGCUUGUUACUGUGGUUCAUUGAUGUCAUCCUGUAAGAAUGGAGGAUCUUGCAAAUCAGGCAAGUGUAAAUGUAUAUCUGGAUAUGGAGGACCAGACUGCACUACACAAGUAGCUCCAGUUCCACCAUCAACUGGUGGUACAAGUGGUGGAGUAAUAGCUGCAGCUGUGAUUGUUUCUCUCCUCUGUGCUUGUGUUUUUGGAUUGCUGAUUUAUGUCUGCUAUUUCAAGAAAUCUGUUGAAAUUUCACUCAAGUCAAUCGAUCCUAGGCAGAUAUUCAAUAAAUAGGGUGAUCAGAAAUCUCUCUACUCAAAAGAGGAUAGUUCAGUUGCAAUAGAAAACCCAAACUACAACUUUAAUGACACUGAUGCAUGAAGCAGAGCUGGUGACGCUGUACAAAGAAUAUUUGUAGUUUAAAAUUGUGCAAUAAAAAAUGUAAAAUAUGGAACUCAAAGGUGUAAUAAAGUUGAACAGGUUAUGUUCAUGAAAAUUUGGAUGUAGGCAUAUCCAUAGUUUUACAAAAGAACAGAAAAUGUGCAUUAAUUGUUUAUAUAAGUCUUUACUUCCACAGUCGAUGUACCUGUAAAAUAAGAGUGAAAACGAAAAUAAUUUUAUAAUAAAUUUUGAUAAAAAUGGGGCGUUGAAAACCAAUAAUUAUUUUGGUGCAUUACACAAAUUCAAAUUCUCACUUUUCAAUAGUAUUAAAGCAACACAAUACGCAAUGUUUUUCUAAACAAUUAGUAUCAGCUAAUUUUCAAACAUUUGAUUGGUAUCAGCUAAUUUUCAAAAAUUUGAUCUAGAUUAUUAACAUUUGUUGGUCAAAAGUUGUGUAACAAUUGGAUAGAAGUCUAAUUUAGUAUGUGAAAAAAUGGAGGAGGCAAACAACGAACCGUGUAUAGAUUAAACACAUGGUGUUCUAGCGUGAAAAUAUGGAAAAUGGCACAUGAACA